AUGGGCAAAUCAAUUUCAGAAGCCAUCGGUGCCGAUCACGACCAAUUCGACGUCCUCUACGAGAACUUGAAAAACGCUCAAGACGAUGCCGCAAAGGUCCGCUGGAGGAACCAACUCACAUGGACCGUUGCCCGUCAUGCCAUCAGCGAGGAAUUGACCUGGUACCCCGCCAUGGAGAAGCACUUGGGCGAGGAAGGCGUCAGACUGUCCAAGGAAGACAAGGAGCAACACCAAGGUAACUACCUCUACAAACUCCAAGACAUGACGCCUGUGGACCCCAAGUUCAUGCCACUGCUCGACACCUUGAUGGACUUGCUACACCACCACAUCGAACACGAGAAGAACGAAGACAUGCCUCGUCUCGAGGGCUUGCUGUCAAGAGCAGAGAGCGAGGCAUUGGCAGCCAGUUUCGAACGCACAAAGAAGAUUGUCCCAACAAGGAGCCAUCCCAACGCACCAACAAGCUACUAUCUGGAAAUGUUGGCUGGCUUGAUGGCGGCACCAGUCGACAAGUUCAUGGACUACCUCAAGGACUUCCCGGAUGAAAAGGACAAGGAGGAAGCCAACAAGGCGAGAGAGAACAAG